CACUUCCGACAUUUCCGUCGUUGUGAUGUUGAACAAAUGAGGGAUAAUAACUUAAUAUCUGAGCAAAAUUUGGUUCAAAUAACAUGAACAUUGUUCCUAUAUCCACACAAAUUCAAUAAUUUAACAUUAUUUUCUCACAAAGUAUACUGCUUUUCUAUUCAUAUUGAUGAUUCACACGCAAGUCCGACCCGGCACGAGCAUCUUUUUGGGUGCGCUGAUUUAGAAAAUCAGCUGAUACCAAAAAACUGACAAUAUAUGAUCAGCAUGACACAUGGUUGCCAUGUAGUAAUUUUUAAGGUAUAGUAAAGAGCAAUAUAGAUGGGAAAUAAGCAAUCCUGCUGUUCAUUUGGAGGGUCGAAGCCAAGAAGACCUGAGGAUGCCUACAGGACUUCAAUUACACCACAGUUUGCUAAUCACAGACAAGAUGACGUGCGUGUGACACUAACACACAAUAACCUGAGUACACCUUCUUUGUCAGCAGUACCACACAUAAGUGACAGGGAAAUCUUACCAGAAGAAAAUGAAGCUGACCCUUCAAUUCAUCCUACAGCUACCACCUUGUUCUCUUCAAAGUCACAGAGUGAGAUAGCAAAAAAUUACAAGAAGAGAAGGAUAAGUCAGUAUGAACCAAGGAACUAUCAAACAGAACACAUUCAAAAUAAUGCUCUGAGAAAGUGCAGUUCGUGUUCUACGAUAUUUAUAGAUGAUUCCACAGUCAGUCAACCAAACCUUAAAAACACAAUCAAGGCCGUAGCUUAUGCUGUGUACUUCCACAUCAGAAACCGUGAGAGUAACCGAACUCUGGAAAUAUUUGAUGAGAAGGCACAUCCUUUAUCUAAGGAAUUAGUUCCCGAAGAUUACAACACACGUGAUCCUGAACAUAAACAUAUAUACAGAUUUGUUAGGAAUUUGUUUAGUGCUGCUCAACUUACUGCAGAAUGUGCAAUAGUAACCUUGGUAUAUUUAGAAAGACUUUUACAUUAUGCUGAAAUAGACAUAAUGCCAGCUAACUGGCGACGGAUUGUAUUAGGUGCUAUCCUUCUAUCCUCUAAGGUCUGGGACGAUCAAGCUGUUUGGAAUGUCGAUUAUUGUCAGAUCUUGAAAGACAUUGCAGUUGAAGAUAUAAAUGAUCUUGAAAGAAAGUUUUUGGAAAUGAUAGACUUUAAUAUCAAUGUUCCUGCUAGUGUUUAUGCCAAAUAUUAUUUUGAUCUGAGAGUGCUGGCAGAUGCAAAUGAUCUGAGUUUCCCAUUGGAGCCCCUCAAUAAAGAAAGAGCUAUCAAGUUGGAGGCAAUGUCUACAGAAGAAACCCUUGCCAAAUUACAGAAACCAUCAUUAUUUAGGUCUAACAGUCUGGACGGGAUGACGAGUAACCCAAGACAAAGCAUAGUUGUCAUAUCUUAAUUAUCUAAUAUUGUUCACAGAGCCAUAAUGUUGUCAUUCAUAACAACAUGCCUUUUAACUUGAUGACCAGUAACCCAAGACAAAGCAUAGUCGUCAUAUUUAAAUUAUCUAAUAUUGUUCACAGAGCCAUAAUGUUGUCAUUCAUAACAACAUGCCUUUUAACUUGAUGACCAGUAACCCAAGACAAAGCAUAGUUGUCAUAUCUAAAUUAUCUAAUAUUGUUCACAGAGCCAUAAUGUUGUCAUUCAUAACAACAUGCCUUUUAACUUGAUGACCAGUAACCCAAGACAAAGCAUAGUCGUCAUAUCUAAAUUAUCUAAUAUUGUUCAAAGAGCCAUAGUGUUGUCAUUUAUAACAACAUGCCUUUUAACUUGUUUUAUGUAAAUUAAUCAGUAAAACGUUUUUUUAAAUGAAGUUUUAAAAUUUUAAUCCCUGAAAAAUUUCAAAAAAUGAAAUGCUUCAUGUUUUGUCUAAAAAAUCUUGAUCAUGUUGUUUUAAGCAGAGACAUAUAGUACAUGAGAUUGAAAACUGUCUUGUCAGAAUUUGGUUGGUGUUCUUUUUCUCAUAUUCAAUUUUCCUCAAUUAACAAAUAUUUUUACAAAAAUACCAGUGUUAAAAAAAAAAAGGGGGAGUCCAUAAAACCUUACAAAAUCAAAUUCUUGACUAUAUCAACUACAGGAACUAAUAAUUCAUUGUGAUAGACUUGAUAAAACAGUAUACAAACAUCACACAAAGUAAUUCCUUCUAAUAUUUUAUGUGGAUCUAUACAUUAACUUUUCAGUAUUUUAUUUAUUAUCUUAUAUUAUUUAUUGUUUUUUGUUUCGUUUUCAAACAAUAUUAAUGUGAGAGAAGGCUCAUAAAGCCUUGUGCACAGAAUUUAUAAUAAUGGAAAUUGAAAAAAUUAUUGAGUUUAUCCAUUGUUGGGAUUUUUGAAGAAAGGACAAAAAUUUGAGAAAAAUUAUACAUUACACAAAUUUGCAUACAGAUAUAAGAUGAUAUCAGAAUGUGAGUUCUAAUUAUUGUGAUACUCAACCAGUCACAUAACUUACAUAUAUAAAAACCUUGCAAUAAUUAGGGAAUUUAUAGUACCUGUAAUGUAAGUUUGCUAAUCUCAGGUACUGUAUAUGUCUCUGGUUCAAAUUUCAAACUGCCCAUCAUGAAUAAGACUGAUUUUUAUGUCCUGCUUACAAUAGUACAGUGGCAUUUUGUUUUCUGGUCUGUCCGUCCGUCCUGUAUCAGGUUAAAAUAUUGGUUUCAAGGUUAUUUGUUGUUACAUCAACGUGAAGUCUUGUACAUAUGUUCAUUAUAAGGUGAACUGUUUAAUAUAUAUAUAAAUUAAAUUCAGUUGUUGACCAAUAUUUCCUGGUUCACUGAAAAUGGAAAUAUAAUAGUGCAAGCAGGACUUGGUGUUCUAUGGACACAUUUUCUUGUUAAAAAUAAUGAAAUAGUAUAUUAUUUAGCAAAUGAUCCAAUCAGAUAUUUGUGUAUUAACUAUUGGCUGUUGACUAUGAUAAUAAAUUUACCGUACUUGGGCAUGUAUUAUACACACUUUUUUACCCAAGACAUAGUUGUCAGAGGGAAUAGGUAUUAUACACUACUGUAGACUGAAUAUAGGCUGCUAAAUUUCAAAAUACCCACACUUUGCUAUUUAACAACUUUUUCUAUAAUUAUAAAUGUUUAUUGAUAUAAGAAAAAAAAGAUAGUCCCUUUGCAUGUUUUAGACAUACAAGCAUUUAAUGAUUUAUAAUAAAAUACAGGAAAUAGAUGUCUGGAUUUAGAUUUAAAAAAAAAAAUGUUGAACUAUAGUGACAACUUCUUAGAAAGGACUAGACUUUCAAAAUAUCUUGGUGACAAAGGUUGGUGUUCUUUUCUGGGUACUUCAGCUUCUUCCACCAAUGAACACUGACUGCUAACAUAUAGCCAUUAGUGCUGAAAAUGGUGUUAAACACCAAAAAAUCAAUCAGUCAGAACACCUUAUCAGUGCAGGAAGGAUUUUGACAAUUUUUUUCACUAAAAAUUAAAAUGUUGGGUUGCAGGUACAUGAGGUUAAACUGAAAAUGUUACUAUAUUCAGCCUAGGUACAAAAAUUGAUACAAGAAGAUGUGGUAUGAUUGCGAACUAUCCACAAAAGACCAGAGCGCAAGGAUGUAAGCAACUAUAGGUCACUGAACUACCUUCAACAAUGAGCAGCACUCGUACUGUAUAGUAUAAAAGGCCCUUUAAUGACAUAAUGUGAAACAAUUCAAAAUGAGAAAAGCAAUUAUACUAAAGCAAUAGAUGAAAAACAAUCAUGGCAGACAGUUAUUAAGUCAUAUUUAUUGAGACUUGUUUUGGCUUUAAGGAUGUUCGUUCCUCUUAUUUUUGAAUUUCUGUCAGAUAUUCGAAACUCUCUGGUUUUGUCCAUGUAUUGCCAAUAAAAAAAUUUGCCCACUAACCCCUACUUUUCUUUUCACAGUUUUAUUACAUAUAGUUUAAAAAGCCAUAUUUGAAAAUCUUAUAAAAUCCUUGUUAUUUUUUCAUAGUUUUUGAAAGAAAAAAGGUGCCAAUGUUGAACGCAUAAAAAAUCUAGAGAGAAUCACUUCCCGCCAAAUUUUCAAUUGCUUAUAUCUCAAAAACAAGAACACGGACCUUUCAAUUUUUUCUGCUUUCUAAGUUCCAUUAUAUAUAUGUUAUCAAUUUUAACAGUCUUUUUAAAAGCUUGUUAUUUUUUAACAGAGGAGCGAACAUCCUUAAGUCAUGUUUAAUGAGACUUGUUUUGGCUUUAAGUGGUUAAUAUUGUAUUCUGCA